UUCAUAAAUCAAAUUUAUCAAUUUAUGUCGUCUUUUUCAGGAGUACACGUGGAUCAGAAAUUUGAUCCUCUGCAAUCUGAACCAAAGAAAUUCAAGAGGGGUAAUGAUGGAUAUCCAUGUAAUGAUUGUGAGUACGUAGCUUCAAGAACUGAUCAUUUGAAGAGACAUGUUGAAAGUAAACAUGAUGGAGUGAAGUAUCCUUGCUCUUACUGUGAGUAUGCUGCCACUUCGGCAAGUUAUCUAAAGAGACAUGUUAAAAGAAAACAUGACGGAGUGAAGUUUCCUUGCUCUUACUGUGAAUAUGCCGCUACUACAGCAAGUGAACAGAAGAGACAUGUUGAAAGUAGACACGAAGGAAAAAGAUAUCCUUGUUUUCAAUGCAAGUAUGCCGCAACUACAGCAAGGUGUCUGAAGAGACAUGUUGAAAUUAAACAUGAAGGAGUGAGAUUUCCAUGUGCUCAAUGUGAGUAUGCCGCAACUACAGCAAGUCACCUAAAAAUUCAUGUUGAAAAUAAACACGAAGGAGUGAGAUAUCCUUGCUCUCAAUGUGAGUACGCCGCAACUACAGCAAGUAGCCUGAAGACACAUGUUGAAAAUAAACAUGAGGGAGUGAGGUAUCCUUGCCCUCAAUGUGAGUAUGCCGCAACUACAGCAAGCUGUCUAAAGAGACAUUUUGAAAUUAAACAUGACGGAGUGAAGUAUCCUUGCUCUUACUGUGAGUAUGCCGCAACUACAGCAAGGUGUCUGAAGAUUCAUAUUGAAAUUAAACAUGAAGGAGUGAAAUUUCCAUGUGCUCAAUGUGAGUAUGUCGCAACUACAGCAAGUAACCUGGAGAGACAUGUUGAGAGUAUACAUGAAGUGAGAUUUCCAUGUGCUCAAUAUGAGUAUGCCUCAACUACAGCAAGUAACCUGAAGAUUCCUGUUAAAAUUAAACAUGAAGGAGUAAGAUAUCCUUGGUCUCAAUGUGAGUUUGCCGCAACUACAGCAAGUAGCCUGAAGACACAUGUUGAAAAUAAACAUGAGGGAGUGAGAUAUCCUUGCUCUCAAUGUGAGUAUGCCGCAACUACAGCAAGUAUUCUGAAGAUUCAUGUUGAAAGUAAACAUGACGGAGUGAGGUAUCCUUGCUCUUACUGUGAGUAUGCUGCAACUACGGCAGGUCAUCUAAAGAGACAUGUUGAAAAUAAACACGAAGGAGUAAGAUAUCCUUGCUCUCAAUGCGAGUAUGCCGCAACUGAAGCAAGUAAGCUGAAAAUUCAUGUUGAAAGUAAACAUGAAGGAGUAAGAUAUCCUUGUUCUCAAUGUAAGUAUGCUGCAACUACAGCAAGGAAUCUGAAGAGCCAUCUUGAAAGUAAACAUGAAGGAGUAAGAUAUUCUUGUCCUGAAUGUAAAUAUGCUGCAACUCAGAAAGGAGCUCUGAAAAAACAUUUAGAAAAUAAACAUAAUUGAGUUCAGAUAUCUCUGUUCUGAUAAUGCUGCCAAGGAAUUACAUACAAAUUUACCAUAACUGGGGGCUAUCAAACAUUUUUUUUUUUGAAUUUGUGGAAACUUAUGUCACAUAAUAAAAAUUUUCUAAUGUUAA